AUGACCUGCAAGGCUGGAAAGUUUUGCAGGGCAGUUUUGCUGGGUGGCUUGUGCAGAGCUGUGCCAUUUGAAUUGCAGCACAGACCUCCACACACUCUGCUCUCCAUUCCUGGCGUCUCUCCCAGCACAGAGCUUAACCCAGGCUCGGGUUUAGUUUUCCCUCCUCUCUCUCUCUCUCCUUCUCCCUGGAGUGACAGCGUCUCCAGGCUCUGCUAGCCAGGACUCCCAGGCAAUCAUGGAGGAUACGACUUUGCAGAUUAUUGAACCACCAACUGUUUCUGAGGCCUCUGAGGAGCAGGCACCCGAGGAGCCCAUCAAACCCGACCAGAUCAACGGCGUGAUGGUGCUGACCCUUCUGGACAAGAUCAUUGGAGCUGUGGAUCAGAUCCAGAUGACCCAAACACAGCUGGAGGAGAGACAGCAAGAGAUGGAUAGCGCAGUGACCAGCAUCCAGGGGGAGUUAACCAAGCUGACAAAGGCACACACCACCACCAGCAACACCGUCAACAAAAUGCUGGAAAAAGUGCGCAAGGUGAGCGUCAACGUGAAGACUGUGAGGCAGAACCUGGAGAAGCAAGCUGGGCAGAUCAAGAAGCUGGAGGCCAACGAGGCAGAGCUGCUGAAACGCAGGAACUUCAAAGUCAUGAUCUACCAGGAUGAAGUGAAGCUCCCAUCUAAACUGAGCAUCAGCAGGUCUCUAAAGGAGGGUGAGAAGCUGGAGAAGGAAGGUGAGGGCGAGGAGGUGCCUGUGGGUGAGGACCAUGCAGAAGAGGACCACAUCCAGCUCUCCUCGGAUGAAGAGGUGGAGAUUGAGGAGAUUAUUGAAGAGUCACGGGCAGAACGCAUCAAAAGGAGCGGCAUGAAAAGAGUGGAUGACUUCAAGAAGGCAUUCUCAAAGGAGAAGAUGGAGAAGACUAAGAUAAAGACCAAGGAAAACCUGGAGAAGACCCGGCACAACUUGGAGAAGACCCGCCACAACCUGGAGAAGAGGAUGAACAAACUGGGCACCAAGAUUGUAACUAAUGAAAGGAGAGAGAAGAUGAAGACCUCUCGGGACAAGCUGAGGAAGUCUUUCACCCCUGACCACACCAUCUAUGCCAGGUCCAAGACAGCCGUCUACAAAGUGCCACCCUUCACUUUCCACGUCAAGAAAAUACGGGAGGGCGAGGUGGAAGUGAAAGCCACGGAGCUGGUGGAGGUUGGUGGAGAGGAGGGAGAAAACUCAGACCUGAUGCGUGGGGAGAGCCCCGAGAUGCAGACGCUGCUGGAGAUCACGGAGGAGUCGGAUGCGGUGCUGGUGGACAAGAGUGACAGCGAGUAGGACGGGAAGGCUGGCGGAUGAUGACGGCUGGAGACGAACCCGUUCACAUUUCAGCUCCUUCUCUGCCCCCUGGUGCCCCAGGGGAACGUACACAAAGCAUCUUUACUGCCCCCAGAGCCGCUGCCGAUCCCCUCGCUGCCUGCUUGGACAAGGUGUAUUUUCUAUGUUAGUUUUAGCACACUUUAGGAACACGGGACUGGGGUUUUUUUUUUUCUUACACGGUGAAUCCCCCUCGCAGACCAUUCCUGCCGCAGGCUGCGUGGGAGCCCCCAGCAAGCAGCGGGGCCCUGAGUGGAGAGUGCGGGACCCCAGGCAGCAGCUGGAGAGACCUGGAAAGCUCAAGUGUCCUCCCAGAGCAGAGAACUGGUGUCAAGGAAGCUUCUGCUGCCCAGCCCACGCCCCCGCAGCACCCACGGACCGACCCGGGAACCGCGGGAGCGGAGGGAAGAGUGGAACCGGUCCUGCAGGGGGCAGCGAAGCGGAACCAGCACCGGGCAGGUCCGCUCCUCUCUGACCACCCGGGGACCGGGAUGGUGCCGGAGACCCGGAGCUCCUGAGGCUGCGACGUGUUCCCAGCGGGGACCUGGGCUGUGCUGAGCCCACGAGAGGCUCCUGCCGCUCGGAACCGCCUUGACACCAGUCCAGAACCGGACCUGGAGUCUUUCUGAGCAUCUCCUUCCCUCGGGGGUCCCGGCACGGCUCAGGCCCGCACCCACCUCCUGUGCUUCCCUCCCCGUUUCCCGCAGCUUCCCCCGCAGCACGGUCCCGCUGGGGUGGGCAGACACUGCCGGGGCUGUGGUGUGGGUGUCCCGGGGAUGCUGAUCCCAGUGGGGAGGUGGCAGGGGGGGUGUCCCCCGGUCCUGCUCGUCCCGGUCUGUGGCUGGGCUCAGCCCUUCCCCCGCUCACAUAACCCAAUAUAUAAACUUGCUUUUCUUCUAAGAAUUCUCUUCCUUCUCCUUGCCUACAGCAUCCAGCCUGUCCCCGGCCUGGGGCCCGUCCCGGGGCCGGUGUCGGUGCCCGGGAGGUGCCUCCCCGAGGUCAGGAGCCCCCGGGAGUCCCGAGGAGCCCCCGGCCCUUCCCGCAUCCCGGCGGGAGCGCAGCUAAUAAAGUCUCUUUUCUACACCA